AACAAAGAAUCCCAGUCUUGAUGAAACAUUUCAUGUGGCCUUUGGACAUAGGCGGUCUGAUAUGGUCAGCUUUAGAACUGGUAAUUGAGCUGAUAAGUUGUGGUAGAGAUGGGAAGAUUAGACGGAAAGGUAGUCGUCCUUUCUGCAGCUGCACAAGGAAUAGGAAAAUCAACUGCUUUGGCAUUUGCAAGAGAGGGUGCUCAGGUCAUAGCAACCGAUAUAAAUGGAGAGAAACUGAAGGAACUAGAUGGCACACCAGGUAUUGAAACAAGAGUAGUAGAUGUCACAAAGCAAGCAGACAUAGAGGCACUUGUGAGUUCAUUGGACAAGUUGGAUGUAUUGUUCAAUUGUGCUGGUUUUGUUCAUCAUGGAACCAUUCUGGACUGUAAAGAGGAAGAAUGGGACUUUGCAUUUAAUCUGAAUGUUAAGAGCAUGUUUCUCAUGUGUAAAGCUGUCAUUCCAAAGAUGCAGGCCGGAGGUGGUGGCAGCAUCAUCAAUAUGUCAUCAGUUGCAUCUAGCAUUAAAGGAGCACCAGUCCGCUUUGUGUAUGGUGCUACCAAGGCUGCAGUAAUAGGACUAACUAAGUCGAUUGCAGCGGAUUUUGCUGCACAAGGAAUCCGUUGUAAUGCAAUAUGCCCAGGCACCGUGGACACACCAUCAUUAAGGGACAGGCUGAGAGCACUUGGAGAUGAGGAAGAGGUUCUGAAAACCUUUGUUGCCAGACAGAAGAUGGGCCGUCUUGGCACAGCAGAAGAGAUAGCAGCAUUGUGUGUAUAUCUAGCUUCAGAUGAGUCUUGCUAUACCACUGGAACUGAGUGUGUCAUAGAUGGAGGAUGGAGUGUUUGAAUACUGUCACAAUUUAAAAUUAAAAAUCUAUGCAAUAUCAGGUAUUAUUGUAUAAUAAUAUAAAAUACAUUGUUAUAUCAGAGGAUUCCAGGUCUGAUAAAAAUCAUUACGACUGCUGAUGUCAUCACCAUCACCAAAUGACGGUGACAUAAUACGUGGUGUAUGACCAAUUACAGUAAAGGAAAUAUAUUAUUAAUCAGACAGCUGACUAAUCUGAGUAUAGAAAAACAUAUCAAUCAGACAAAAUCAAUAUGCUGGAUAACAGCAAAACUUUUUUUUGUUAUCCAGGCGGACAUUGACAUUUAUGUUUUUGAUUAUGUAAUAGAAUAAUUAUUAAUUUCACUUUUUGUGAAAAUGUUGUUUUGAGAUAAAUCUUGGCUGUGCCUUGAGAUCAACCAAUAGCACUUUGCUGCAAAAGACCAUAUUAACUUCAGCCAAAGUCAAUAAUGAAAUAGGAUCAAACUAGAUGAUAACAAGAUCAAUAUUAUUUUUAAAUCAGUAUUUUUAUGAAUGUUUAUAUUUCAAUCAAGCACAAAAACAUUAAAAUAAGAUCUGAGGCAUGCAGUGCUUGCUACAUGUAUCUUGUUUGUGUAUGAUAACUUUCAAUUUCAUAACAGAAAACUGAGUAUUUUAUAGCCUUGACAUUACAGUAAACUAUUGGAACUGUGAUUGCAAAUUUGUUGAUCAAUUUGUAUGUGCUGGCACUGUUUAUCGUCUAACCAAUGUCUUAAAAUAUAAUCUUUUCCCAUUUUGUUAAUAGAUUAAAGAAAAGUCAUGUGUACUUAUAUUACAAGGUAUUCAAAAAUGCAAAGGUGACAAUUUUUUAUUUUGAUCAAUGCAAAAAUGGUUCGGACUUAAAGUUUGCAAAUAAACGUGAUUGUAGCAUUUG